CUUUAGAAGGAAAGAUAAAAAAAUGAAAUAUGUCGAGGCCAACUGAUAAAGAAGAUGUUAGUCUUGCUUUUCUCUGUUGAUUGGUUCAAUGCCUUCAAUCCCAUAAUAAAUUACACUUCGGGAAUUACAAUCUGCACCUAUUGUUAGUGCCAUAUAUUUUUUGCUUGAUGAUUGAAGGUGGACAGUCGCUCAUCAUGGGUCAUCCGGAAACAGUCGCUCUAUGUUUUAAAGAUAAGGGGUCACGCUGCGUACACCCGACCUGCCCUAACCCCACAAUGGGCGGGAGCCUUUGAGGCACUGGGUAAUCUUGUUGUUGUUGAUUGAAGGUGGACCAUAAGAGGAAUUACACUCCCUCAGUCAUAAAAGUUCAGCUGUUCAUUUAUUUCAGGAUGUUUCAGUUGGACUAAUUGAAACAAAUACUUGUGUAAUUCUAUUAAUAGGCAUUAAUUUUCGUCACAACUUAUACCCUGCAUACAAAAGCAAUCGCCCUCCUACACCUGAUACUAUUGUGCAAGGACUUCAGUUUCUGAAAGCAUCCAUAAAAGCAAUGUCAAUCAAAGUGAUUGAGGUCCCUGGGGUCGAAGCUGAUGAUGUAAUUGGGACAUUGGCUGCUAGGAGUGUAGAUGCUGGUUACAAGGUUAGAGUUGUCUCUCCAGACAAAGAUUUUUUCCAGAUUCUAUCCCCUUCAUUGCGUCUUUUGCGAAUUGCUCCCCGUGGGUUUGAGAUGGUUUCAUUUGGGAUGGAAGAUUUUGGUAAGAAGUACGGAGGAUUGCAGCCUCCACAAUUUGUUGAUGUAAUCUCACUUGUGGGUGAUAAGUGUGAUAAUAUACCUGGGGUCUCUGGGAUUGGAGACAUUAAUGCUACACAGCUUAUCAUGAAAUUUGGUACACUUGAAAACUUGCUUGAUUGUGUUGAACAAGUUGAGGAUGAGAAAAUCAGGGAGGCAUUAAUAUCAAAUGCUGAACUUGCCAUACUAAGUAAGAAUCUGGCUUUGUUACGUUGUGAUCUUCCAUAUUACAUGGUCCCUUUUGCCCCCAACGAUAUGUUAUUCAGGAAGCCAGUAGACAAUGGGGAGAAAUUUACGAGCCUAUUGAGAGCGAUAAGUGCUUAUGCUGAAGGGUUUUCCGCAGAUUCCAUCAUUCAAAGAGCAUUUUGUCUUUGGAAGAAGCUGGAAAGGCAACAUAUGUGAUAAACUUGGCUCUACUGUCUCAAAGUUGCUGAUGGAUGGAGACUUCUCUUCUUUUGCUGGCUGUAGUCACAAAGCGCAGAGGUUUUUUUUGGGUUUUGUUAUUUUAGCAUGUGUGCGAAGGACUCAACGGUGAUGAGAUUCAGGCUAGGUUAAGUUUACAACGAGUUAAAGAAAAGUGUUAAAAAGUAAAAAAGUUGGUGAUUGUAAUUUAUUUACAAGGUCGUGAGACACUUGUUGCUUUCCUUAACAAGAAAGUGGAAAAUCCUAAAUUUUAUUUUGUGACAUCCCAAAAAUGAAUGUGUAAAUUUUAUUUUGGAACAAAACAUGUACCGAAUAUGUCAAUAACAAACAAUAUUACUCCCUCCUUCCAAUGAAAAGAGUCUAGUUUU